AUGGCUCCUCACAGCAACUUCCGCCGUGCGUUGCUCCUGGCGCUCCUCGGGAUAGCGUUGUGGUUCCACAACAACAAGGCUUUCCUGGCCGGUCCGGGCGGCCCUGUACCCAAGGGCCUGGGCAACGAGAGAAGCGCACCAGAACUCCGUUCCAUCGAGCGAGCCGCUGGGGUGGAUGCGGCAGCCGAGCCGGUGACUGGAGAGAGCUCCAUCACUGAAGAGAUCCUGGCGGGCAUCAGCGUGGCCUUCUCGCUGCUAUCCAAGGCGAUUGCCUGCAGCGCCAUCGUCGGCACUGGGCCCUUGGUCGGCCUUUGGUCCUCUGUUGCCUUGGGCUUCGCGAGCCUCUUCGGCAUGCGCCCUGGUGUCGUGGCCGGCUCCGCGGCUGUGGUGGUUGUGCCCUUGGGCGCCUUCACGGCCGCCAACGGCCUGGGGCUAGUUCCACUGGUGGUGCUGCUGGCCGCCGCCAUCGAGCUCGUGGCGGGUUUGGUGGGCUUCGCCCGCACCCUGGACCUCGUCUCCAAGGAGGUGCUGGCGGGUUUCCUGAACGCUUUGGGCUUGGCCUUGCUGGUGUCGCAGUUUGGAGCCCUCUCCACGCCCAUGGGUUUUGCCCUUGCAGCGAUCUGCGCUGGUUUGACCCAGUUUCUUCCCUCGGCGCCGAUCCCGUCCUCCCUUGUUGGCCUCGCUGUUGCCACGGCCGUGGGCCUUGCCUUUAACUUCGAUGUGCCCACACUCGCCAUGAAGGCCAAGGACCCCGCUGCCUUCGCCGGCGGCCUGGCUGCGCUGCCCCCAUUCCAGCUGCCCCAGAUGCCCUCCAUGGAUGAUGUGCAGCUUGCCCUCCCCUGUGCCAUCUCCAUCGCCUUCAUCUCCCUCAUCGAGACGCUCCUCGCGGCCCGUGUGGUGGACGACCGUAAGUUCUUCUAUGACGAGAACGGUGAGCUGGUGAUGCAGGGCACAGACCCCGAGACGCCCCUCUCCGUCGACGUGCCCACAUCCACCAUCCUCUCCCUGGCAGCGGGCAACGGAGCAUCCGUGCUGCUGGGCGGCUUUGGUGGCGCGGGACUAGUCCCCCAGACAGUGUUGAAUCUCAACUCCGGCGGCCGCGGGCAGUGGUCCAUCGGCUCCUACGCGGCCUCCAUGGUCAUCUUUGCCCUGGUCCUCGCACCCUUUGUUGGCCAGAUCAGCGUGCCGGCCCUGGCUGGCAUCAUGGUCCAGGUGUCCUUGGACACCAUCCAGUUCGUUCCCACCUUUGAUGCCAUCAAGGAUGCCUUCGAGGGCAAGGAAGAGGAUGCGAAGAUCAAACUGGCCAUCCUUGUCAUCACGGCGGUGCUGUGCUACCAGGUCGAUUUCGCCGUGGGCAUCGUCACAGGUGUUGCUCUCGACAAAG